AUGUCGCAUCAUAAUCAUUUAGAAGAACCAUUGUCAGAACAAUCACUAUCAUCACUUUCAUUAACACAUGUAGAAUUUAAUCCAAAAGACCCACUUUCAUAUACUUAUGCGUAUAUAACUUUAUCACCUUUAAUUAUUUUAAUAAGUUAUGUUAGUAUUAUUGUUGCUAGAAGAGAAUUGAUGAUGAUUAAUAUGUUUUUUGGUCAAUUAUUUUGUGAAAUGUUAAAUUUUGGAUUGAAAAAAUGGAUAAAGGAAAAAAGACCUAAUGGCAUAAAUACUUUAUUAAUAUAUGUAUAUAUAGAUAAACUUGGCUCAGGAUAUGGAAUGCCAUCUUCUCAUGCUCAAUUUAUUUCUUAUUUUGCUACUUUUGCUAGUAUUUAUUUAAUUACUUUCCAUAAUAAUUCUCGGAAAUUUCCAAUAAUUCUUGGACUAAUAAUAUUUUCAUGUUUAGUUUCAUAUUCAAGGGUAUAUUUAAUUUAUCAUACAACAAAACAAGUAAUAGUUGGUAAUAUAUUUGGUUUAACUUUUGCAAUAUUUUGGUAUAUUUUAUUAGAAAAAAUAAUUAGACCUUUAGGCAUAUUUAAAAUAAUUAUUGAGUCUCGUUUAGCUAGAUAUUUUUAUAUAAGGGAUAAUUCAUCCGUUAAAGAUAUUGUUAAAAUUGAAUACAUGAAUUGGUUAACUUUAAUCGGAGAAAAAGAGGGACAAAAAACAGAUUAA